CACAUUUUCAAAUCCUGUUCGUAUUUUCUGGUGCGCCGACAGCGUGGAACCUACACUUGCUCUUGCUUUGAUCCAUGAAACAAGCAGCGUUGAUAUCACGGGUGACACUUUUGUGAUUUAUCCAAACAUAAAUUUGAGCACUUUAAAUAAGUCUCAUGAAAAUGAGAAAAUAAAGCGGACGUUGUUGUGCGUAAAACAGUAAAUCAGUUGAGGAGACGGUGAAGAGUCAGGCUAACAAAUUAAUAUUAAGUUUAAAACGUAGCAUUGAAACACAGGAACCGAUAUUUUUUUUCUUAAUCGAAACCACGUCCAAAAGCAGACUGGAAGUCCGUCCCACUCGGAGAAGACCGAUCGGCAGAGCGCAGAUGAUCGCAGCCGGUGCCUGUGGAGUAAUCAUGGUGCUGGUGUUGGUGAUACUGAUCCCGGUCGUGGUCAACUCCGCUGGAACAUCAGCUCGCUACGAGAUGCUAGGAUCUUGUCAGAUGGUGUGUGAUCCACAUGGAACUAAGUCCACAGCUACAGACAAAGCUAACACAAUAAGAGACAGUCGUUUAGUCCAGUCUUUACCCACAUUUAUUCAGGGGCCAAAAGGGGAGGCUGGCCGCACUGGUAGAACAGGCCCUAGGGGACCUCUUGGGGUACCAGGACCGCCUGGACCCGUCGGCCCACCUGGGGAACAGGGGGAGCCCGGCCGUCCAGGAUUACCUGGACCACCUGGAGAAAAUGGUCCCACUGGUGCGAUAAGCGCAGCAACAUACAACACUGUCCCCAAGAUUGCUUUCUACGCCGGACUGAAAAAACAACACGAGGGUUAUGAAGUUCUUAAAUUUGACGACGUGGUUACCAAUCUUGGCAAUCACUAUGAUCCUACAACAGGAAAAUUCACUUGCUCAAUACCGGGGAUAUACUUCUUCGUUUACCAUGUGCUAAUGCGGGGAGGAGACGGUACCAGCAUGUGGGCUGAUCUCUGUAAAAACAACCAGGUACGAGCCAGUGCCAUUGCCCAGGAUGCAGACCAGAAUUACGACUAUGCCAGUAACAGCGUUGUCUUGCAUCUCGAGCCAGGGGACGAGAUCUACAUUAAGCUGGACGGUGGUAAAGCGCAUGGAGGCAACAACAACAAAUACAGCACCUUCUCUGGCUUCAUUUUAUACGCCGAUUAAACAGCAACGGCGCAACGUCUCUCUCCAUUUCUCGUGGUUCCUUCACACCUGUCUGAUGCUUUGGCACCGCUGACAUUCCAUUGAAGACAGAGAAACCAUAGAGCAAUCGUGUGAAGCAACGGAACAGUUUAGGAAACGCAAUUAACCGCAUGCCUAUUUCAAAAGGCAACUUCAAAGUGAUGUAAAUGGGGUAAACCUAUGUCUAUCCAUCAUUACAUUCGUCUUUUGAGCAAUUUGACCACUUCAUACGUGCGGUGGAGUGUGGAUGCCAUACAUAUAGCAAUUAGAUGCCAAACACAUAAGUGUAUGGAAAUUAUUGUACUGUUCAAUGUUUCAGUCAAGCUUGUCAUGUUGCCAUGUAGGUUAUGGGUACUUUC